UUGUGGGUCUCGACACAACCAACACACUUGGCUCUGUUGACCAACCACUUCUGAUACAAAGUCAAGAUACCCAACUACUUCAUACACAAUACCUUUGAGAUUUUUUUAAAAAAAGGGGAAGGGAAGAUGUCAUCGGGCACGGUCGGGAUCCAUUCGUCCCACAUCAUGUUCCAUCGAGCCCAACGAGAUUACGAACGACUGCAGCAGACCUACAACCAAUGGCUCAAGAAACGCGAGAAAACCAAGCAAGACAUCCUCAAGCAGAUCACGACCAUCAACGAGGCCGGCCACGAUCCCAAGAAAUCUACCAAGCUCUUGUCCAAACUUAAUGCCCAAUUGUCCGCCUUCGAAGAGGAAGAGGCCGAGGUGGCUGAUGCGGAACUCUUGCAACAUUCGCCACAUGCUCGUCCCUGCCAUCGUCCCGCCUAUCGUAAACUUGCUUUUGAGAACGCUUUGAAACAAUCCGAAGAGAAGAAGAGGCUUGCGGAGGAAGUUUAUAAUGCAGCCCUGGCAGCUAGACAAUCCGCCGCUGGAGCCGAAGCAGCGCCCAGCCAAUCUGCUGAACCAGCCGAGGCUGCAGAAGCACCCGAUGAAGCGGCGGCACCGUUAUCGCCAGAAACGGGGACCAGUAGUGCGCCGAAGCCGAUGAGCAGACUCAAGAAGAUCGAUGCGUUCUUGACGAGGUUGGAGAGUGGGAAGGGGAUGACCAAGACCUUUGCGCCCGAUCGCCAGAGCCCAUCCUAUGGGAAAUGGUCUCUCCGCGCCGGCACCUUCCAGCCCGGACGUGCCAAGCCUGCCUCAUAAUUCAUAGCCGAUACUCAAAUGCCAAUUUUAUCCAGCUUUGGCUACCAUACAUUUAUAUAUUAUACACGGCUUUCAGGUACAUCCAUCUGGCUAUUUUAUACCACGGCCUAUUCUUUCUUGGCUUGAACGAUCACAAUCCCCCCCCCCCCCGAAAUAUCCAAUGUACUUGUACGAUUAGCAUCAGCACCAGUCAACCCCCCUUAUUACCCCCUCAAAGGGCACAUUUCUACACAUCGAGUAGCUUGAAUAAUCCAGAUAACACGGGUCUCUUGAAUAUACACAACUACCUUCUUGAUUGUUCCUACCAUUCCCCACACCCCUUCUUUUCUUUCUUUCUUUCUUCUUGAACCUUAACAGAACAUAAAAACGAAACAAAUUGAUAAGAUGUGUAUCAACCAGUCUGAUUGAAUUUCUUGAACACAAGGACACACAAAUAUCCACUCCCAACAACCCCGAAAUAACUUGAUUUUAAUUCUUGAUAAAGUUAAUCUCUCCUUUUUUGUUUGUCUGUUUGGACGGUGUGGUCUGUCUUAGAAGUUCUUUCCUAGUAGUGAUUAAAUUCAAUGAUAAAGAAAUCUAUCUACUUAUCUAAAUGCUUAUAAUACAUAUAUAUAUAUCAAGUU